GAUGGCUCAGAUUUCAAAAUGCAAACAGAUGUUCCUGAAGCCUCCGAGAGGGGCCACUCCCCUUUUAUUUCCAUAGUCCUGGCGACUCCUAAGUUAUUUUGUGUCCCAACACCCAUGCCCCUUUGAUGUAAACUUUCACGAAAAGUGGGAAAACACUUUUUUUGGAGUUUCCCCAAGUGGCUGGCGCCGUACGAGGUCAGGUGGUUCCGAGAAUGGGCGCUGGUCGGGACAAACCUCGAGGACAAGAGCGCCCAGACUUCCACGCACCGGGGUCCUGCAGGCGUCUGCACGCGCCCACCCCGCCGGGCCCGGGGGCUCGGGUCGGACGUCACCGCGGGAGGCAGCCCGGGCCCGGGGGCUCGGUGUACGGGGCGGGGAACAGUGGGUGGGCCGGGCUCUCCGACCUCCGAGCCCCCAGCUCGCCGACUGCCACGCCAGAGGGACGCGCGGCCAGCGCCUCCACCGCCACCCUCCCCGGCGGCGCAGUCUUUGGAAUCUGGCGUCUUGGCCACUUCGCCCGUCCAAGUGGGGGCGGGGUGGCCGCCAUACCCAGGCCGAAUGGGGCCGGGAAAAGAACUUGACAACGCUCGGCCGCAUGACCUGCGCCCCCGUGGGAGGACAGCAGAAGAGAGUCGCUUCACUCGGUCUCUCCCCAACCUGGGGUCUCGGGAAACACGCGCGCCUGAGCGGCUUGACCGGGGAGAGCUGCUGCAACUGCAGCAAGAGGUAGGGCUGAGGCGCUGGAAUUGCAGACGGGCGAUUGCACAGAAAGACAACAGAUGUAGUCGGUGUGCAUAGCCCUUGCCCUUGACAACAAAUAGGUGUCACUAGUUAAAGGCAUCUGCUGAGAGAUUUGGAACAGAAGAAGGUGGCCCCUCCGAACCAGACCAACUGUAACACAGAGCCAUCAGCAGCCAUGGAGGAGGCCAAGGCCUCUGACUCUUCUAGGAGCCCAGAAACACCCCCUGAGCCUCAUGACCCUGCUGGUUCCCUACCCCUGACACCCCGGAUGGAGAGCCACUCAGAGGAGGAAGAUCCUUCCGGGGCUGGCGGUGGUCUGGGCUGCAAUAGUCGGGGUGCCCGGACCCAGAAUCCCAGGGGCUGCUCAGUGGAGGCGGUGCUGGGCCGCAAGAAGCACCGCCGGCGGCCCUCCAAGCGCAAGCGGCACUGGCGGCCCUACCUGGAGCUGAGCUGGGACGAGAAGCAGCAGCGGGACGAGAAGCAGGGCCAGAGGGCCUCCCGGCUCCGAGAGGAGAUGUUCGCCAAGGGCCAAGCCGUGGCGCCCUACAACACCACCCAGUUCCUGAUGAAUGACCGAAACCCCGAGGAGCCGGACCUGGAUGUGCCUCAGGGGGCCUCGCACCCAGGCUCCAGUGAAGAGAGUGAGGCGGAGGACAGCGGCCGGCCGGUCCGAGCUCCUGGCGAGUUCCAGCAGAGGGACUUCUCGGAGACCUAUGAGCGCUUCCACACGGAGAGCCUGCAGGGCCGCAGCAAGCAGGAGCUGGUGCAGGACUACCUGGAUCUGGAGCGCAGGCUGUCGCUGGCUGAGGAGGAGACCCGGAAGCUGCAGCAGCUGCAGGGGCGCACCAGCCGCCAGUCCUGUCGCCAGGUUGAGGAACUGGCUGCCGAGGUGGAGAGGCUCCGGACAGAGAACCAGCGGCUUCGGCAGGAGAAUGAGAUGUGGAAUCAAGAGGGCGGCCAGGCCCCUCGGGGUGCCCCCUCACCAGUUUAGCCCAAGGAGACAGUUCCAUGUAAUGCACAUGUAGGCCAGCUGGGUCUCAAGGUGGCAGGUGGUGGAUGAAAAUCACUCCCAUCACCCUUGUGCCCCCUGAGAGCAGCUUGACUUCCACCUUGUCAUUUCCACAGUUUGUUCUUUGAUGGCAUUAUUAUUAUUAUUAUUAUUUUAAUUUCAGAUAGGAAGGGAGAUGGAGAGAGAGAAACAUCAAUGAUGAGAAUCAUUGAUCGGCUGCCUCCUGCACGCCCCCUACUGGGGAUCGAGCUCACAACCCGUCAUGUGUCCCUGACCAGAAUGGAAUCUGGGACCAUUCUGACCACAGGCCAAUGCUCUAUCCACUGAGCCAACUCGGCUAGGGUAAUGGCAUCUUAUUUUUCACAGAGAAAAUAAAUGGUUUUGGUGAAAUCAAA